UCGAAAGAAUUGCUUUCUUCCGUCCGGUCUGCGAGGGUCUAAUUUCCUAUUAAAUCUUAGUCUCGCGCAGGUUACCAGAUAGACGCCCCAUUGAUUUCGUAUGAAAGCCAAUGGUCACAAGACACAAAUAUUCAGAUUUCAGAUACAUUUUUAAAAGCGGCAGCGAAUUGGUUCGAAUCACAGGAAUCUAAAAAUUUACAGUCGGCAUCAUUUGAAUAUGAACAGGCUGAACUUAGUUAAAGAAAGCAAUAUCACGUCGGAUUAUUCUCAAAUUUCUCUUGGAUACGACGAGACCAGAUUUCAAACGCAGGUAAACGAUAAUUUUUGCUGUGGAAUAUGCGAGAACGUAAUGAAAGAUCCCGUGAUGUGCCGCAAUCAACAUGGCUUUUGUCGCGGGUGUAUCACGAUUCAUCUUCGAAAGAAUUCCCAAACAUGCCCAAUCUGCCGUGACGAACUCACUGCCGAGACUUUGACCGAGGCUCCGAGAAUUGUAAAGAACUAUUUGAACGAGCAGAGCAUUCGAUGCAAGUAUUUCGACCGAAGAUGUCAAGAUAUCGUUCAAUUGGAACGUUUAGAAGGACACGUCGCCGAAUGCGGCUUUGCGCCAGUCGUUUGCGGAAAUGAAGGUUGUGGUGAGACGAUAAAUAAAAGAGAUCGCAGGUAUCACGAGGGAGAACUCUGCCAAUACAGAAAGUUGAUAUGUGUUAAUUUCGAAGAGCUCACUGCGAUGAUGGCGGACAUGAAAACGAAGAUGGCUGACCUUGACACGAAAGUUGGAGUCGUGAACGCAAAACUUGAGAAAGUGGACACGAGACUUGCGAACACGGACACGAAAACGGCGUGUACCCAAUUUGAGAACGCAGACACGAAACUCGCGAACUUGGACACGAAAGUUGACGUCAUGGGAACGAAACUGGAAGUCAUGGGCACGAAUGUGGAAAACCUUCAGCAAAACGUUAACGCAAAGUUCGGACAGAUGAACAAUGACAUGGAAAGAAUGAGGACAAAUUUAAACGAAGUUAAAGAAGGAUUUGACAACUUCAAAGAAGCAGUAAUUGAGAAGAAAGAGAGAAAAGACAACGCGGAAGUGGAUGGUGCAAACGAUGUCGAUGACCAAGCAAAUGGCGAACGUCGUAUACUUGUUGCUGGUGGUUUUGGAUGCGAUUCGGUAGAAAUGUUCAACUACAGUCGUAGACUAUGGUCCACAUUAAAGCCCAUGACAAGAGAUCGAGAAGGCGCGUCCUCGUUCGUUUACAAUAAUCAAGCGACUGUAGCAGGAGGUUCUGAUGAGGAAGGAGCAAUGGAUAGUAUGAUAAGCAUUGGCAUUCAUCCCAUCCCUGAUGCCUCAAUUGACUGGGGUCACGUCGUCGCCAAACUUCCUACUGGGAUGCACGCACAGAGCAGUGUGGUGUACAACGAUAGCUUGUUUGUUAUCGGCGGUUACGAUAGCGACCAAGGCAACGUUUCCAACCGUAUUUACGAAAUAAUGCUCGAACCACCUCACAGAGUUGAACAGGUAUCAACAAUGCCUGAACCAAGGGUAUAUCAUGGAACGGAACUUUGUGAUGGCAGUAUUUAUAUUUUCGGGGGAGGAAAGUCUGGAAGAUGCAGGGAUAACAUGAACAGUGUGUUGAGCUAUGACAUCGAGACGACAGAAGCUCAACGGUUACCAGCACUUCCCUACCAAGUGGGUCGAAUGGCGACAGUCAAAUGGGGUGAGAAUGCCGUAAUAAUUGGCGGGGUUGACAGAAAUGGUAGAAGUUUAAACAGUGUUGUAAUUUAUAACAUGAAAACUGGAAAGUUUUACAUGUUACCUCCCAUGCUUCGGAAAAGAGAUGGGUGUACGGCAGUUGUGAUUGAAAACACCAUCGUUGUUUUGGGGGGAGAUGAUGAAGCGGGAAACACAUUGAAAUCAGUCGAAGGUUUCAACUUCGGAAGCUACAGUUGGGAAGAACUUCCUGACAUGAACGAGGCAAGAAUGCUGGCAACAGCUGUUGUGUUUUAGACAUUUUUACGUACGCUUUUUCCACGAAAUAUUUUUAUGGCAGAUAAAGUUAGAAUGAUUUCAAAUCAACGAGGGUUUUGAAAAGAUUCAUCUUCCUUUCUCAUAACGACGUCAACACGAAGAGUCCGAUGUUACACGAAGUUUGAUUGGCUCCGCAAAACUGACGAGCCAAUCGAACAUCGUGUAACAUCAGAUUUCCCACGCAACGUCAUUAUGAGAAAGCUCUAUUGAAUUUACUAUGGUUUUAAUGCGAAUAUCUUAUUGUGAAACUUAAUAAAUCAUUGAUUUUUCAUAUAAGACCAAGUCAAUCACACAGCUAAAUAGCAUUUCGUAGUUACCAAUCCUUGAUUCAUAACAACAACAGACUCAUGAAUACACCUUAUAUAAGCUUCAGAUGCAGCGAAAU